AUGGAUAAUCAAGUAGCAGCUAUAUUAUACGUACAAAUUGUUUGCUAUGUUAUACUUAUGACACCUCAAAUGGGAAAUGUAACAUAUAGUGCCAUAGUAAGCACUAUUCCCAACAGAAGUAUCAAUUCUCUUGCUGUAGAUCGAAUAAUUGCUUUUCUUGCUGAAUUAAUGAUGUAUGUUUUUCCUGUAUUCGCCUUUUAUUUGUACACAUUGUCAUCGCCUACAUUUCGAUCAGAAUUAUGGACCAUUAUGCGUUCGGCACUGGCAUUUUGUUCACAAGGGCAAAACAGACGAAUCAAUCCAAUCAUAUCAUCAGUUCAAAAUAAUUCAUCAAAUAAAGGCCAUCGUUUACGACUGGAACCAGCUCAAAUUUUGACUAAAGAAUCAUUACAGAACAUUGCUGUGAUAUCUUAA